CUGAGGCACAGUACUGAUGAGAGAGCUCCAUAACCAUCUUACAGGGGAAAUCUGGAUUUUUCUCCUUGCUUUACUUUGGAAAUUUGGAACCUCGUGUCACUCCUAGAGCUGUUACAGAUGUCAAACUUUGGUAACCAUCCAUCUUUACUUUUUAGAAUCUGGACUCGUCAGAAAUCCUGUGAGACUGUAUUCAUUUGUUUUCUAUCAGCGCUUUGAUUUCCUCUGGGAUUCAAGCUUAAAACUGGGAGUGUAAGUUUUACUCUUCAUACCCAUCUUUGAACUCUUCUAGAACGCCGGAUCAUUUUCACUAAUUUUACAUGUUAUAAAGCUGCACAUUCAUCCUGCAAACUUGGACACUAUCAUUUCUUUCUAAAUAAGUUGUGUUAUUUUCCUAAUGGCUCAAUUAAGUUGUAGCCAAAGUCCAGACCUGCCAAAUGGAGCCGUUGCCCACAGCCCACAAGGUAUGUGUUCAGACCUGGAUACACACAGAAUCAAAGACGACGCCGAGGAAGAAGAAGAAGAUGAUGAUGAGGUGGAACUGGCAGAGGAGGUUGGGGAAGAUGUUUUGAUGGUUGCUGAAGCAGAACAAACUGAAGAUGAAAGUAAAGAAGACAAUGAUUGGCAGAAAGGAGAGAUUACACAUGUGACCCUGUUAUCAGAUGGAGAAAUAGGAGAGGGGGAGGAUGAAUGUGAAGUAGUGGAAGAAGAGGGGAAUGGAGAAAUGGGAGCGGGAGAUGGACAUCAAGAAAUAACCACCACACUGACAACAGGCAAAGAAUCUGAAGAUACAAAGAUGGCUGAAAAUCUCUCUCUUUCCCCUCUAUUGGUUGUGGUUGAACGAGGGAAGCGACAAAUAUUAAACAGCAAUGGAGAUGAUGAAAAAGAGGAGGAAAGUGAAGAAAACAAACAAGGGGGAGAAACAGCAAGCGCAGGAACAGAUGUAAGGCAGGAAAACAUGGACGAAGGCACCGACGAUCACGUGUCCUGUCUUCAGGACGGAGGUACUUCUGUGUGGGAGUCAAGAAUCGGUUCCAACACAUGUACUGGUGACCGAGGCGAAACAGAAACUGCUACUUUGCCCACUGCUGGCAACAUAACAGAGGUUAAUCUGAACAUAGAAGUGGCUCCUUUUUCUUCUGGAAUAAAUGAACAGGCCAGCAUCCAAGCUUCAGCUCUGGGCACUGAUGACACACCAGUCGAUAGAAGUGUUACAGCUGAAGAGGUGGCCAAUCAAACCUACCAAUUAGAUAAUGAGAGUCAAAAUGAAAUAAAAAACAAUGAUGGAGAAGAUCCCUCAGAAUCCAUAAAACAGGAGGUUGUUAUUGAUAAUCUUACAUGGCAAUGCCAGGGAGUCCAGGAGUGUGUAAAUCAUGGCUAUGAGUUCCCCGUGAGAGCAGGAACCAAUCAAAUAGCACAAGAACCAGAGCUGACGGCCCUAACCUCUGAAGAACAGCCACAGUCAGAUGGAGACACUAAAGCUAAAAGGACUGAAGACGUCACCCAGAAGGAGCAAGCAGAAGAGCAAGUUAACAACUUGGCAGAGAUGGACGGGGGAGGAAAGAGUUCAGAAAUGGAGGAGACGAUAGCCAAUAAUGUUGCUGGAGAGUUAAUGGGCCAAGAAGAGCACAGAGCAAGAAAUGAUCUAGAAAUGCAAGAAGAAAAAUCUGCUAAGCUUGAAAUACAAGCUAUAAGAGUUCCUCCAGAACCAGUGGGCCAGACUGGAGAAGAGGUGCAUACAGACACAAAGGACCAGGUGGAGGAAGCUUCUCUAUCUGAGAAAGGCAUCGAGGUGAAGCUCGACGGGACAGAAGGAGAGGACAAAUCUGAGAAAAAUGAAUCCACAACAGAAGGAAGUGCUUUACAAGAGCAUCCGUUGCAGCUCCAGAAAGAAGCAGACACAAUUUGGAGAAACAACACAAAAGAACAUCCACAGACAGAGAUGCUUGUAGAAUUUGAGACUGGAGGAGGAGCAGUAGAAGAGUCAAUGGAAGGAGAAGUGGAGAUGGCAGAAGAGCCAGUCACUGUUCUUGAUGAUGAGACUGAAACGAUGGAGGAGACGCCCAGUGAAAAAUCAGAAGAAGUACAUCCUUUCACCAUUAUGAGCGGUUCUGAUGAUGCCACAGACAAGAUAAAAGAUGAAGAUCACCAAGUGCUGCCAGGAAACGAGGCCAUACUGGGUAAAGAGGACAUGGAGACACAGGACGUAAAGCUAAAGGUGCACAACAGUGAGGCAGAGGCAGAUCUAAAUGAGAGCAUUAAAACACUGAAGCAAACAAUGGAGAAUGGGUUCUUGUGUCCUGAGCCACAAGGUCUUAGGAAAGACGAACUGGGGAAAGUAAAAGUGCUGUCACCCAGGAGAAAAGAUAGAGACUGGAUUAAAACAGAUCAGCCAGAAGAAGAGACGACUGCUGCUGAAAGGAAGGACUGGAGUAAAGAGCUGAGGCACAUCAAAAAAGAGUUCUGGGAGAAUGAGUGGGGAAGGAAAGAAUGGGUGGAUAAAGAAACGUCAGCAGAAAAGAUCAGUUCACCGAGGAAGGCGGAUUGGAUAAAUGAGCUGAAGUCAGUUAUCAAAGAUGAAUCGCUGCCCAAAAAGAAAGACGAGCAGGUGAAGAAAAAGAGAGUGGUGCUGCUGGAACAUGGUUGCUCAUAUGUCCCUCAGCGGGAGGCGAUGACUGCAGAGACGAGGGAAGAGAUCAAGGUGACCUCCGACAGGAGAGCGGACAGUCCUAUGGUGGACAGUAAAACACUGGAGAACCAACCCUAUGAAAUCUCCCUGUAUGUCAAGGCAGGAAGUGAUGGACAGAGCAUCGGAAACUGUCCUUUCUCUCAGAGACUCUUUAUGAUCCUGUGGCUAAAAGGAGUCAUUUUUAAUGUCACCACAGUCGACCUCAAGCGGAAGCCGGCUGACCUCCACAACCUUGCUCCAGGAACCAACCCUCCUUUUGUGACCUUUAAUGGUGAAGUCAAGGUUGAUGUCAACAAGAUAGAAGAAUUCUUGGAGGAGAAACUGACUCCACCCCGAUAUCCAAGACUGGCUCCCAAACAUCCAGAAGCUAACACAGCUGGCAUCGACAUCUUUGCCAAAUUCUCAGCGUACAUCAAAAACUCAAGAAAAGACACAACAGAUGCCUUACAGAAAGCUUUGUUGAAGUCUCUUCAGCGCCUUGAUGACUUCCUAAGGACUCCCCUGUCUGCAGAGAUUGAUGCUGAUGUCUUAGGAGAUGUGCCAGAGUCAACUAGGAGCUUCCUAGAUGGGCCAGAGCUCACCUUGGCUGACUGCAACCUGCUGCCCAAACUCCACAUUCUAAAGGUUGUAGCAAAGAAAUAUCGUGGCUUUGAGAUUCCUCGGGAGAUGACCUGCGUGUGGCGGUAUUUGAACCGUGCCUACCAGAGAGAGGAGUUCACCGGCACCUGUCCUGCUGAGAGGGAGAUUGAGUUUGCCUAUUUGCAUGUUGCAAAAUGAAUUAAACAAAAUGUAGGGCAGCGUAUAAAUCAAGGAAAUCAAGAAAUAUGUAAAGAACAUAAGGAAAACUAGUAAAGAGGAAAGCACUAACACACGGGUCUGUGUGUGUCUGUGUGUGUGUGUGUGUGAUCUCUAUCUUGACCAUUUUAAAAAUGAU